AUGCCGUCCGCAGAGGUUUACGGCAGGGUGAAGACUUUUUUCUUGCUCAGCUUUAGCCGAUGGAGACCCGAGCAGCAGCCGACAGAAGGGCAAGCAGCCAAGCCGGAGCAGCAACUCGUACACAGUCACGUCCGACAGAAGGCCAAGCAGCAGCAGCAGCUCGUACUCCGCCACGACCGACACAAGGUCAUGCAGCGGCAGAGCUAG